AUGCCUUCCGCCGAAUUCGACGCCGCUGCCGUUCAGGUCAAGGAGCUUAAAACCUCCCCCUCCAACGAUGAUCUCCUCAAGUUGUAUGCUCUCUUCAAGCAGGCAACCGUCGGUGAUAACAACACCACCCGCCCUGGUACCCUUGACUUCAAGGGCAAGGCCAAGUGGGAUGCCUGGACCAAGAAGAGCGGCACCACCAAGGAGGAAGCCGAGCAGCAGUACAUUACCUUGGUUGGCGAGCUCAUCAAAACCCUUGCUUGA